AUGGAUUAUGAAUACGAAUCAGAAGGCUAUUUUCAUAACACUUUUCGGUCGUUUGUUUGUGUGGUACUGACAUUGUUACUCGGAAUGCAAGUAUAUAUGCAUUUCGGGAGUUCUCAGGAGGCAUUAGACGGCGACUUUACAGAUGUCAAAUAUGUGGUUAUGCAACUAACUCACGGGCUUACAGAGGUAAAUCGCAAGCAUGAACGAUUACAAAAUGAGAUGGAGCGUAUCUCUUCUGUACUGCCAGCUGUUGCAGCGGCAGCCGGUAGGGCUAAAGAAGCGCUAGAACCUUCGCAGCAUCUAUCUCAUUCCUUUGAUGUGCGGGACUAUGAUCGUCAGAUGGCUGAUUACGCACUGGAGACGGCUGGGGCUCGCGUUAUAGACACUGGCGAUACAUUGGAGCACGUCAUUUAUGAAUCUCCAGUCGGUUGGAUGUUACACGUCAUCAGCUCCUUGCUUUGUCGCGAUUGUCUCGGAGCCAGUGCUAUCAUUCGACCAGGAACACUGCCCGGUGAAUGUUGGGCAUUCAAAGGAGCUCGAGGAGAGGCGACGAUACGAUUAAUUGGAACAGUUCACGUAACCGGCAUUAGUCUCGAACAUAUACCACCUCAUAUUUCACCCACCAGGGAAAUAUCAUCAGCACCACGGCUGUUUCAAAUCGAAGGACUAGAGUAUCGAGGAGAUCCUUAUCCGUUUGAUUUUGGAACAUUCGAAUACGAAAGAGAGGGGAAGCCUAUACAAUAUUUCGAAGUAUUGCAUAAUUCAGAUAAAGGAUACAACUUGAUUCGCAUAAAAAUAUAUUCGAACUGGGGCCACUCGUUGUAUACUUGCGUGUAUCGUGUGAGAAUUCAUGGUGAAUUAGUAUCAGGAAAUGGAUCACAGAGGCUUGUGAGAGAUGAUGAUUUACUUAUUGAAAAUGAAUAGUAAUAUUUAUUUUGUUUUUUUUUUUUGUUUUUAAGAUGAUGUACAAUAAAAUUAAGAUAAAGUACCAAGCUUUUAUUUAUUAAUGUGAAAAACUUCAAGC